CUUUAUUUGAAGAAGAUUUAAGGCUUUACUUUUUUCACAGAGAAAACAAUAAAUGCCGUUACAACUAUUUCUUCAACGGAACAACUUGUGUAGAAUGUCCUCCUGGUUACUAUGGUAUUAACUGUAGUUUACCAUGUAGCGGGGGUUCCUACGGGAGUCUGUGCUCAAGGACGUGUGAUUUGUGCCCCUGGGAACUGUGCGAUAGAGUUACUGGAUGCCCAAAAACUACCUCAACCAAUACUAAGUCCACAGUUUUACUCACUUCCAGUGUUGACACAAUAAGCAUCAGAAGUACAUUGAAGGUCACUACAGAGGUCAAACAACAGGUCACAACAGGGACCACAGCAGCUCCCGAACCUACUGUUCAGAGUUCUCCUUCAACUAAUAUAUUUUUUUCUAAAUCUAUAAAAACUCCAAAGUCUUCAACACCGUUUGUUAUUCCACAAUCAGAGACGCCAUAUAACUACAUUCCUGUUAUCGCAAUUACGGGAGGGGUCAUUGCCUUAUUCCUGGCUAUACUAGUGAUACAGAGUUCCUUAAAGAUGCGGCAAAAGAAACAAAAGAUUACUAGAGCUGCAUCACGAACACCAAAGAUACCAGUAGAAGAACAAGAAAUAUAUCAUGAAAUUGACGACAUGAAUAUAGUAAUAGAUAAGCGAGAUUACCAAGGCAUAGAAAAAGGUACAAAGUAUUGUGAUGCGUCACACGUAUAUACAGCAAAAGCUCAUCCAUAUCAAGAAAUAAAAAAUUCUUUGCAUGGCGUUGGAAAGCCUGUGAUAGAAACAGUACAGGGAAAUAAUCCCUCCUCAACAGAAGGAAGCAACAGUUCAGAGGAGAGUGGGUCCUCCUACCUUAAGCCCCUGAAAACAACGAAUAAACACAAUUACAUACAAGUAGUGGACCCGGAUAUACAUAACGUCCCCAUGACAAGUGUCCAUACAGACAGGGAGGAGGAGAACGACUCCUCUUCUCAAUAUGAUGACACUGUUAACGAUUCUAGUGCUCUAAUUCUGUCCAUUUCUGAUGGAGACUACCUUGACGUAGAACACUGUCCGGAUAACAACGCGACAUAUCUUGAAGUUGUUCAUCAAGAGAAAUAAGAUCUAAAUUAUUAUCAAAGUCUUGCAAAAUAAAGUAUCAUAGUUUACAGUACGACAUUCAAAUGAUACUGCUUAUGAUGACUAAAA